GUUCAGCAAGACGCAAAUUUGCAGAGUUGAAGCAGCAACAGGGACAACGACCACAAGCUUAGCAUCCAGAUUUUUAGGAUUUUCUUCAAAUGCAGAAUCUCCUCUUCAGGAAUCCUCCAUCUAUGUUCUAGAGUGUCUGGAUUGUCCUGUGCACAUUUAAAGAUUAAGGAUCAUUCAUCUGCAUGUUCCAGGAAAAGGACCUUCACUGUUCUCAGCAUUUGUCUUCAAGGUUUCUUAAAUUGAAUCUUUCUUUGCCACAGCUCAAACUCAGCACUAGACUUCACUUUUGAUAUUACAUUACCAAACCUUUUUUCCAGAGAUAUUACCAAAGCAAACCCAGAACAAAAGCCAAGAUAAGCCAUUCUGUUUCUUUCUGUCUGCAAGUUUGCAAAGUGAAAUGGCACAGGGCAAGUUUUCAGUAGAUCAAAGGAAGUUUGACUGUCCGAUUUGUUUGGAUCUCCUGAAGGACCCAGUGACCAUCCCCUGUGGACACAGUUACUGUAUGAACUGCAUUACUGACUGCUGGAAUCAAGAUGAGCAGAGGAGAGUUUACAGCUGCCCUCAGUGCAGACAAACCUUUACUCCAAGACCUGCUUUAAACAAGAAUGUGGUGAUGGUGGAAAUGGUGGAGAAUCUAAAAGUGACAAAAGUCAAAUCAGCUGAUCCUGCACCCAGUUAUGCUGGACCUGGAGAUGUGGAGUGUGAUGUUUGUACUGGGAGAAAAUAUAAAGCCAUCAAGUCGUGUCUGCUGCGUCUGGAAUCUUACUGUCAGACUCACUUUGAGCAUCAUGAGGCUUUUCACACAGGUAAACGACACAAGAUAACUGAUGCCAGCGGACAAAUCCAGGAGAUGAUCUGCCCAAAACAUGAUAAACUGCUGGAGGUUUACUGUCGGACUGACGAGAAGUGCAUCUGUUUUCUGUGUACAAUGGAUGAACAUAAAAAUCAUAACACUGUUUCUUCUACAUCAGAGAGGAUAAAGAAAGAGAAACAGUUGGAAGACACACAGAGGAAAUUACAGCAGAGAAUCCAGGAGCGAGAGAAGACGUUUCAGCAACUGAAAGAGGCUGUCGAGACUCACAAGAGCUCUGCACAGACAGCAGUGGAGGACAGUGAGAGGAUCUUUACUGAACUCAUCCAGUUCAUUGAGAGAAGACGAUCUGAGGUCACGCAGAUGAUCAGAGAUCGAGAAAAGACUGAAGUGAGUCGAGCUGAAGGACUCUUGAAGAAACUGGAGCAGGAGAUUGAAGAUCUGAAGAGGAGAAACACUGAGCUGGAGCAGCUUUCACACACUGAUGAUCACAUACAUUUCCUACAGAGUUUCCAGUAUCUUGUUACACUUCCUGCAUCUUCAAAUGAAUCAGUUAAGGACAGUUCUCUUCUUUCGUUUGAUGUGCACAAACAUGUCUCUCAACUCAAAGAGCAACUGUACAUUUUGUGCAAAAAGGAGGAGAAAAAUAUAUCUGAAAGAGAUGAAGCAAAACCACCCCUGUCUCUCCCGUCACAUGAUCCACAUCCACCUCUCCAUUCACCACCUGCAUUACCCCCUCCUCUUUGGUCACAAAAUAUUGUCUCUCCACCAGCCUCCCCUCUUCUAUUUGUCCCUCCACCAUGUCCUCCUAUCAUUUCACUACCUCCACUACCCUCAAUUCUCAAAAGAUUUUGACGUCCACUAUCCCCACCUCUACCAUAGCAAGAUCCACUCCCACCUCUCCAUUUACCUCUUUUUAUACCCUCACCAAGUUCACCUCUCCCAUCACAACAAUUUUUCCCUCAAACAAGCCCAUCUCACUGAUCACAAUACUUACUUCCACCACUACCCCAUCUAUCUAAACACUAUAUUCAAUGUCUCCAUCCCAAAAAAUUUGCUAAGUUGUAAGCUUUUUUUGGUUGUGGAAACGCAAAACAAAGUUCUGCAAGACACACAGUUGCAGAGAUGAAACAGGGACAACAAUCUUAGCAGACCCAUGUUAAAUGCUUCUGAUUAUUCUACUGCUGGUUAUCAGGCCAACACGGAGAAGAAAAUAUUGUUUGUAUUUUCUUUUGUUUAUUUAAUGUCCUAUUAAUUAU